AUGGGCUUUACAGGUCCACUGUAUCUCAAAGUAAAAGGAAGUCCCAAGCCAACUACGUCAAAGGCCUAUGUGUGCAUUUUCACCAGCGAAGACACUCGUGCAGUUCAUUUGGAAUUGUUGAACAGUAUGACGACAGAAUAUUUUCUGCAAGCCUUUCGUCCUAAGUCUAAUAGACGUAAGAUGGCGAAAGUGAUUCAUUCAGACAACCAGACCACAUUUCAUAAAGCAGCAAAGGUGUUCAAGGCGUCGACUCAAAGAAUGCGGAUGAUGAAGAUAGAUCCAACUGUCGUUGAAGAUAAAUUAGCCAAUCAAGGUGUAAGCUGGAAAUUCAAAACGGAGAGAGCCAGUUAUCGUGAAGGGCAUUGCCGACAACUCAAAGAACCACUCAGGAAGGUGUUGGGGAAAGCUUUUCUCAACUACACAGAAAUGAUGACUGUCUUGACAGACAUAAACUCCCGUCCUCUGACUUAUGUCGGUGAUGACAUACGAGAUGGAAGAAUCAUUACCCCAGCCUUAUUAGCCAUUGGAAGAGAUUUGGGAAGUCCACCUGAUGCACCACCUGAAAGCAGGAAUCUCCCUCUCGGAGCGCUUUAG